CGGAAUGCUCGAGAAGCUGCUGCAGUUAUGGUAAAGUUUGGGAAGUUCGUUGGGCCUGGCACAAUCAUCACCGUUGCGUACAUAGACCCGGACAACUUCCAGACAGCAGUCAGUUCUGGGGCACAGCUCAAGUACAAAUUGUUGUUCAUGGUCCUCAUAUCAAACCUAAUUGCUAUUUACCUUCACGCCUUAGCUGUCAAGCUUGGAUCUGUCACUGGAAUGGAUCUGGCACAAAUGAAUCGUGCCCAUCUCCCUUCUUGGCUGAAUUACGGACUUUGGUUUAUUGCUGAAGCUGCCAUCGUCUGCACAGAUAUUGGUCAAGUCAUUGGAACAGCCAUCGCCAUAAACAUCCUCAUUCCCAAGAUACCACUAACGGCUGGUUGUGCUUUAGCUAUAGCCGAUACCCUUUUUAUACUCUUGUUUUACCGACCAGAUGGAUCAUUGAGGGGUCUCCGAGCGUUCGAACUCUUCAUCUCAGUAUUUGUACUUGGCCUGUUCAUCUGCUUCUGUAUCGAGCUUUCCCUCAUCACGGGCACUACAGCCAGGCACGUAAUGGAUGGCUUUCUUCCAUCAAGAGAGAUCUUCCUGACACAAGACCCCAAGCUUUACCAAUCGUGCGCACUAUUGGGAGGAACUCUUAUGCCACACACCCUUUACCUUGGUUCUGGACUCGUACAGUCGCGCCUCCGCGAUUUUGAUGUCAAGAAUUCAUCUUACCAUGAAGCAGUGACAACAAAAACAUCCGUCGGCAUCAAGCUCUACCGACCAUCCCUCUCAGCCGUCAAAUCCUGCAUGAAGUACUCCAUUGCAGAGCUCUGCAUCACUCUUUUUGUCGUCGCUAUUUUCGUCAACUCCUCCAUCCUCAUCAUUGCUGCUUCUUCUCUAUCUGAAGCCGCUCAGGAUGCUGAUCUCUUCGGCAUGUAUAAUCUCUUCGUGUCGAGCAUUAGUCAGGUUGCCGGGACGAUGUUUGGCUUUGCUUUGCUGUUUUCUGGAAUCAGUGCGGGAAUCGUGGCCCCCUGGCAGGGCAACUUGUCGUUGAGGGUGCCAUCAAUUGGAAGAUACGCCCCUUUUACCGUCGUCUUGCAACGAGAUCAAUCGCCAUUGUUCCAGGCAUCAUCAUCGCAGCUGCAGAAGGAAGAGAUGGCUUGGCAGCUGCUUUGAACGGAUGUAAUGUGGUUCUUUCGGUGGCUUUGAUCUUCUUAACCUUCCCACUGAUUUGGUAUACAACUUUUGAUAAGUAUAUGAGAGUCGAGACAGAGGGAGGAGCAAGCACAUUGACUGUCGAGACGUUGGAGGCAGGGCAGGACGCGGAGACGAGGAACCCGACAGUCAGUUUAAAGAAUAAUCUACCAACGGCGAUUGGUGGGUGGAUCAUUUGGGUGAUUAUUGCAGCGAUGAAUAUUGCUACUUUAGCAUUCCUUGGAUUGGGAAUAGGAGGUGAUUAGAGCUUGGUAGACGAAAGGCCCUUUCGAUGAAUACAAAUAAAGCUUUCAACCAUUAGAUU